AUGGCUCUCCCAUCUUGUUGGAUGACAGCUGCUGGUAGUGAUAGUGAUGAUGAUGAUGAUGCCCAACCAACUCGAGCUCCUUUUGAUGAAUCAGGAGAACCUUUUGACUUACAGAAAUGUGUGGAGAGAAAAGAAAUGGAAGAAUUCUUUGGUCUGCGCCACCUCUUCGUGACGGUGUUCCUUUACUACUUCGCCAAUUACAUGGUGGUUCCGGCGAUCACCGACGUGACAAUGGCGGCUGUUUGUCCCGGAAAACACGAAUGCUCACAGGCCAUUUAUCUCACCGGAGCUCAGCAAGCGAUAACUGGAUUGGGUUCGACGAUAGUGAUGCCAUUGGCAGGAUAUCUUUCGGACACUUAUGGGAGAAAAGUGUUGCUUACCCUCCCAAUUACUCUUUCAAUCUUCCCUACAGUCAUAUUGGCUUUCGGCAGGACAACAUAUUUCUUCUAUGCUUAUUAUGUUCUCAGAACUUUCAUUGCCAUGGCCGGUGAAGGAAGUGUUCAGUUUCUUGCUUUUGCUUACGUCUCAGAUAAUGUUCCAGAGAGCAAUAGGGCUGCAGUAUUUGGGAUAAUGUCAGGCAUUGCAUCCUCUUCUUAUGUUUUUGGAAACUUCUCUGCUCGUUUCAUUUCCACUUCAGCUACUUUUCAAGUUUCUGCAGCAGUGGGAAUAUUAUCGCUGGUGUAUAUGAGACUGCUUCUUCCAGAAUCAAUGAUGAAUAUCAACAGAUGUUCUGAGGAAACUGAGGAUGAAUGUCUUUUGGAAAAAGCUCCACCCAAGAAAGGGCAGAUGUUCAAGACUAUGCCCUCAGUGGAUGAUGUCCUAGGCUUGUUAAGAACUAGCCCCACAAUUGCCAAGGCAGCUGUUAUUACAUUCUUCAACAAUGCUGCAGAUGUUGGCCUCACUGCUUCUUUAAAUUACUUCUUGAAGGCUCAAUUUCACUUUAACAAAAAUCAAUUUGCGGAUAUCAUGAUAAUUUCUGGGAUUGCAGGAUCAAUAUCACAGUUAAUCGUAAUGCCGUUGUUAACUCCACAUCUGGGAGAACGGCACAUGCUUUCAAUAGGGCUCUUUUUCAACUUUGCUCAUAUGGUUCUUUACAGCAUUGCUUGGGCUCCUUGGGUUCCAUAUGCUGCUACCGUGAUCUCUAUUCUGUCUAUUUUUGCAAUGCCAUGCUUGAGAAGCAUUGUAUCUAAACAAAUUGGCCCCAAUGAGCAGGGGAAGGCUCAGGGGUGCAUUACAGGCAUAUGUUCCUUUGCCAACAUUGUCUCUCCACUUGCUUUUAGCCCUUUAACAGCUUUGUUUCUGUCAAAUGAUGCGCCCUUUUAUUUCCCUGGAUUCGGAAUUAUGUGCGGCGGCCUAUCUGCAAUGGUAGCCUUCAUUCAGAGCAUGAUGAUAAGGGAUACUCCACCUGCUACAACUUGCACCGUGGAAAAUUCCGACACCUCCGAGCCUUAA